AUGUUUCUAAUUUGUCCGAAUAUAUUAAUAUUUUAUACAAUUUUAUUGCUGUUACCAACAAAUGUGACCUGUAGCAUUGACUGGCACAUAGACGAAGAAUUUCAAAUUACACGAAAUUUUUCUGAGGCUCUUGCCGAAAUUGUCAAUACACUGUUUGUGGAUAAAGAAAUGAAGAGAGUAUUCAACUUUCAAAUAAAAAUCGAAACUAGAAAUCAGGAAUACUUGCAUGAAUUCCAACAUAUAAUAGAUAAAACAAUGGAAUUGUUAAGUGACAAUAUUGCGAUACGUUUGAGAACUGACAUUGCUAUACCAACCGACAAUGAAAGACAUUUUUGCAUUCUAUUGGUGGAUUCAGCAGAAUCAUUAGAAUUUCUCUAUAAAGAUCUUAAUAAAUACCAUCUGUUUGUGGAGGGUUCCUAUUUUAUUGUUCUGAAAACAUUUCCACAUGUCCAUCAUUAUUACGACGAGCUUUUUGAAGUUUUCCAAUUAAAUUGGCUUAAUGGCAUCACACAUGCUGAUGUCCUUAUACAUGCGGUUCAUAAUGUCAUUUUACUAUUUCACAGUAUGCCAUUUACGCCGUUCCACUGCAAGGGUGUUGCACCCAUCAUACAUAAUAAAUUCAUUGAUGGCCAGUGGUUGCAUAAGAAUUUUGUUACGCCAAAAUCAAAAAACAUGUAUGGCUGUCCUUUGGUUUGUGCUACUUGGGAAGAUAUGCCGUAUUUUCAAUUGCUACGUGAUCCUGUUGAUGGCAGAAACAUAUAUUACGGUCUGGAGGGACAAUUGUUGGAGUAUUUGUCGAAGAAAAUGAAUUUUACGAUUACAAUGCGCUGGAUGAACGACGAGGAAAUUAAUCAAACGGUAUAUGAUGAGCAGGGAGUGUUUAAUAAGCUCUUUUCAACCAAUACCGAUUUUGUAAUUGGAGCCUUCCACUACAAACCCACAUCGUUGGAAGAUCCCUAUGCCCCAACAUCAGUAUACUACAUGAGCAGCUAUUAUUUCUUCGUUUCAUCGAAAACUGAUGCCUAUGAUCCCUUCACGAAACUUCUACUACCAUUCGAUAAGGAAAUUUGGAUUGUUUUAAUUGUUAUUUUCGGAUUUGUUAACACAAUACUCUUUAUAUUCAUCCAUCUAACCCGAAAAUUUAAAUCCUUAUUGUUGGGCCGAGAAAAUGCAACACCCGCCUACAAUAUGGUUGUCAUCAGUUUGGGUGGCGCAGUGGUUAAAGAUCCAAAGGUACCAUUUUCCAGAUUUCUUCUAAUGUUAUGGUUACUAGCCACCUUCAUUUUGCGUACCGUUUAUCAAGCAUUCAUGUUUCAUUUUAUCAAAUCUGAUCUGCACCUGGCACUACCAAAGUUAAUAAACGAUAUACUCCACAAGGAAUAUCGUCUGCUGAUGAGUGAUGUGGUUUAUAACAUAAUUACAGAUUUACCUUUGCUCUUUGCUAAAGCGGAAAUUUUGAAUACCAGUGAACUGGAAUCAUUUGAAAUGUUAAGACGUCCCAAAGAUUUUGAACCAUAUAAAUUGGCGAUUUUAAUGGCUCAUGAAUAUUAUGGUUAUUAUAAGUUUACAACGCCCAUCAAUAAUGAUUUGUAUGUGGUUCCUAAUAAGCUGUUCACCCAACAGCUGACUAUUUAUAUGAAAAAGAACUCGGCGUAUUUGAAACGUUUCAAUAUGUAUAUCGACAAUUAUAUAAGCGAAGGCUUAAUGAAUCGUUGGGAACGCUAUUUGGUGUAUGAGGGUGAAAACCGUAGACCCACUGACGACAGUCCGAAACCUAUGGAAAUUUCUCAUUUAUUUGGAGCCUAUAGUUUAUUGCUUCUGGGCUUAAGUGGAAAGCGUAUGAUAAAUAUAAAUGUGAUGUAG